AUGUCUGAUUAUUACACCACCUCUGAAGAAGAAUUUGAUUGUAAUAAUAUUAUUUUUAAGAAAGAAGAAGUUGUUUUAUCUAAUAGUACAGUAAAUAGAGAAAAUACUACAACCACUGUAUUGCCACUACAAGAAGUUUUGCCAAAUAGUUUAAGUAUAAAUUGUAGUAAAAAUAAAACAUCACUUAUAUGGAAUUUUAUAAGUGAGCAAGUAGAAGGAGAUAAAGUUAUUGCAAGAAUCUAUAGAAAAUGUAAGCAAAAAUUUAGUCCUAUAACAACUACUAGUGUUUUAAAUAAUAAUCUUAGUAAUAGCAUGGAGAACUUGUCUUGA